GGCCGGCGGGCUGUGAGCGAGUCUCCCGCUGUGGGCGCAGCUGUCGCCGGCCGCUCCCGGAGUGGGCUCCUUCAUGGAGAGAAGGGGCAGAGAGCAAGGCGACCCCCAGUCUCGAAGCGGCGGCGGCCCCCGGGGGCCGGUGCUGCACAUCGUGGUGGUCGGCUUCCACCACAAGAAAGGCUGCCAGGUUGAAUUCUCUUAUCCUCCUCUAACCCCAGGAGGGAGUCACGACAGCCACAGUCUGCCAGAGGAAUGGAAAUAUUUACCUUUCCUGGCAUUGCCAGAUGGUGCUCACAAUUAUCAAGAAGACACUGUUUUUUUCCACUUGCCACCAAGAUGUGGGGAUCGAAGCACAGUGUAUGGUGUCUCGUGCUAUAGGCAGAUUGAAGCGAAGGCAUUGAAAGUGCGGCAGGCAGAUAUUACUCGAGAAACUGUACAGAAAAGCGUGUGUGUUCUAAGUCAGCUGCCUCUGUAUGGGCUGCUCCAGGCAAAGCUGCAGCUGAUUACACAUGCCUAUUUUGAAGAAAAGGACUUCUCACAAAUUUCCAUUCUUAAGGAGCUUUAUGAACAUAUGAACAGCUCAUUGGGAGGAAGCCCACUGGAAGGUUCACAAGUUUACCUUGGUUUGUCUCCACGAGAUCUUGUCCUUCAGUUUAAACACAAGGUCUUAAUCCUUUUUAAGUUGAUUCUUUUAGAGAAAAAGGUUCUGUUUUAUGUUUCACCAGUGAAUAGGUUGGUGGGAGCAUUACUGACUGUGUUAUCACUCUUUCCUGGUAUGAUAGAACACGGCCUUACUGACUGUUCGCAGUACCGGCCAAGGAAGAGUGUUUCCGAUGAUGUCCUCCAGCAGGAAACUGCUCUUCCUUUGGAGGACUACGUUUCACUCAAUGCUGUGGAGCUCCACAAUACAAACCUGGGAAGGGUUGAAGAAAGCCAAACUUCCUCAGUAAACCAAGAAAUGGUGACUCAGGUGACAGAUGUGCCUGAAUCCCAGUCUGAGGAUCACGCCAGUAGAACACGAGCUCCCAAUGACACGGGGCAGCAUUUGAAACCUCCUUCCCACACUUCUCCAGAGUCCUCUGAGAGCGACUGGGAAACCUUAGAUCCAAAUGUUUUGGAGGACCCCAAUUCGAAAGGGGAAGAACAAGAAGAACCUUCUGUGAUAGCAGGGCAGACUGAAAUCCUUCCAAAGGAAUUGGCCGCCUCUGAAAGCAUACCAAUUACUGUGCAGCCACAAGCUAACACGGGGCACACAGUGUUCAUUCCUGGCCUUAUAUCGGGUUUAGAAGAGGACCAGUAUGGCAUGCCUUUAGCUCUCUUCACCAAGGGAUAUCUUUGCUUACCAUACAUGGCACUGCAGCAGCACCACCUCCUCUCUGAUGUAACCAUUCGUGGUUUUGUUGCAGGAGCCACCAACAUCCUCUUCCACCAGCAGAAGCAUCUAAGUGAUGCCAUUGUAGAGAUUGAAGAAGCUCUUGUUCAGAUCCAUGACCCAGAGCUCAGGAAGGUUCUGAAUCCCACAACAGCUGACCUGAGGUUUGCAGACUACCUGGUGAAACAUGUAACGGAGAACAGGGACGAUGUAUUCCUGGACGGCACUGGCUGGGAAGGAGGAGAUGAGUGGAUCCGGGCCCAGUUUGGCUCUUAUCUCCAUGCACUGCUGGCUGCUACACUUCUUCCAGACAAUGAAAAAAUAUUGUCAGACUUCGGAACAACCUUCAUAACAGCUUGGAGGAAUACACACAAUUACAGAGUAUGGAACAGCAAUAAACACCCAGCUCUUGCAGAGGUAAAUCCUAGUCAUCCAUUCCAAGGUCAAUAUUCAGUUUCAGAUGUAAAAUUAAGAUUAUCACAUUCAGUUCAGAAUAGUGAACGGGGCAAGAAGAUUGGCAAUGCCAUGGUUACUACCAGUCGGAAUGUUGUACAGACAGGAAGAGCUGUAGGGCAGUCAGUUGGAGGAGCCUUCACAAGUGCAAAGUCAGCUAUGUCGUCCUGGCUUUCUGCUCUCACUCAGUCACCCCAGGGCCUUGGAGAAUAGCUGUUCUGGAGUGGGCCAAUGCUUGUGUUUAGUUUUGAAAGAGAAAAUAAAUAGCUCUGCUUUAAAAAAAUAGAGGGGUUGAAGGAUCAUGAAGAUGAAGAACAGCCUUUCAAGUUGUGUUGCAGGAUAUUUGCAUUUAAUGCCUCUUUGUGUUUAAAUCUAAGCCUUUGUACAGACAGUAGCAAAUAAGCCCUAGUAUAGGACAGGUGUUAUUUUCCAAUAUAUGCUGUUCUGUGGAUGGUGAAGACGUUUCAUGUAAAUUUUGCUGUAUUUUAAAAUCCAGCUCAGUCUAGACUCUUUUUACUUGCAACAGCGAACUUGCCUGCAAAGCUAAAAUUUCAACAUCAUGCUUUUUAAACCCCCUUAAUCCUGUAUGCAGACAUGAGUUCCUUCAAUUUCAGUGGAACAUACUUCCAUAAUUCUGUGCACAGGACUUAAUGCCUGUCAGUAGAAUAAAGUGAAAACAAAUGAGCAAGAAGUGCUCUGCUACAACUUUUUUAAAAAAAUAGCUUUCAUUUGAUAAGGAAAUGUCAGAACAGUUCAUGCACCAGCUUUUUUUCUUUCAAAAACACAGCCAGUAAACAUUCCCUUUUAAAAAAUUCAAUUUAAAAUGGACUAAAAAGCUGACUGAAAUGUAUAGCUGUCAUAUAUUCAAAGAGACUCUCUACUUCAUUUGUAAGAGCUGGUUCUUUGACAAACUACUUUUGGUCAGUUACAAGUGCACCUUCUGUUAAUGAUGUGUACACAUCUUAGUUCUUCCUUUGUCUUAUAACUGGGGAUGCUGUUUAAUCUCAUGUUCCUUUCCCCUUCUUCUGAGUUUCUCCAAUGUAGGUGUCGGGAAACUUUCACCAGUGAAAACCUAUAAGUACCUACCUCUCUAGUAAAAUUAGACUCUGCAGGGGAGAGUCAGAAGUGCUGCUGUUUCCUUUGUUCCUAGCUGCUGUAGAUCCAUGUGUGAAUUAGCAAGGACUUGCAAAAUAGUUAUUGUACUUACGACAGAAGCAUAGGCAAGAUCAUACAUAUAUGCUAAGCUUAUAUAUACUGAGCUUAGUACGGGCCAGACAGGGCAUGAUUACAGCAUGAUUGAGAUUUACCCAAGAAAAAUAAAGUUAUAAGGAUGCCCCACCUGUCCCAUUUUUUAUUUGCAUCUUUCACAUUCCCUCCUUGCUCACCUCCCUUUCAAACCUUGAGAUAGCCAAAUUUAGAAGAGCUUGUAGGGGUUUCAGUAUGGGAACCAGCCUAACCAUUUCUGGGCUGCCUCUUGAAAAGUGAAUAUUCUUAAUACUGAAAAACGUGUGGGCCUGAUACUGAUAGAUAACUAUUUGUACUAGUUUGUAGGGGUUGAUGGGCAUUUUACACAAGAUGACUUUCAUCAAAUGAUUAGUGAUAUUAUAUUGUGAAUCUACUUCAUACAAAAUAAAAAAAUAGGGGCAAGCUAUACAAUACUGCCAAAUGCACAUGACAAGCCAUGCAUGUAGCCUUCAAACCAUUUGUGUGUAUUACAUUAUGGGUACAACACAGCACAGGUGGCAAAAAUAUUCUCCAUCUGCCUCUCAAGUAGCUUCCUGUAGACAGUUCUGAUUGUAAUUGCUCCUUUCAGGCCUCCGCCCCCAAUUGCUGGAUCUCAAAACAUCUUGUAUUCCACUAAAUUAAAACCUUAAAGGUGCUAAUAGUAUAAAGUACUCAAAUACGGUUCAGGUCUCAUGCUACAUGUUCAGUCUGCUUACCUUGUAUAUUUUAUCCAUGAAGUUCUAACACUUUACUGAAAUUUUAGACAGAACUGGGGACCAUGACAGGAUAAACUAGAGCAUGUAGAAUCGUAUCACCUUCUGCCUUGUCACCUUUCAUAAAGCUGUUUUAGAAAUAUUAGGCUGCAGAAUCCUUAGACAUAAGAUGGGGCUAAAGGUAAACAUCUUCAUUGAAUUUUUAAAGUGACAAUUCAUUAUAAACAUAGUAUAUGCACUUGUUAAUAGUAACACUAUCUUGGAAUAAAAGUUCAGUAUUUCUCUCUAGUUAAACAAUGAUACCUGUUUUAGCACAAAAUUGGGCAGUAUUUGUGUAAUUAAGUGUCAAUUCAGGUUAGAAAAAACGUUUAGUCAAGUAAUAUUCAUUCUGAUUAGAUAUCAAAGUGGAAGAAUUUGUUGUCUUAUUGCUGGGUGCACAACAGUAGUUAAGCACUUCCAACACAGUUAAUAAACAUUUAACUUGUCAGCUGCACUUAAAUACAUGGAUUUGUGGAACAGCGUACAGGUGUAUCCCCAAAAUAAAUUGAUAUGCUGUGGACAGUCUAAAACAAGCUCACUGUACAUGCAGAAAGGGGUCACUCACAUUUUAUAUGAAUCUGUGUUCUAGUCAUUAACUUCUCAUUUGGGACACAGGCAUAUAAGACAUUGAUCCCAAACUCUUACAAAAACCUUUAAAACCUGUUCUUUAACCAAAAGAUUCACUCUCAGAAGAGAGUGUUACAAGAAGCUUUAUCUGAUGCAUCUCAAAGAGGUCUAUAAAAUUAUGUAUGGUAUGGAGUGAGUGGACAGGGAGAAGCUUUUCUCCCUCCCAAUACUACAACCAGGGCUCAUACACCAAAGCUGGUGGAGGUUUCAGGUCAGACAAAAGGAAGUACAGUGCAUUUAAAAGGAGGGUGGACACAUUCAGAGGAAAGGGCAUGAUGGCUAUCUACUCCCUCCACUACUAGAGGCAGUAUGCCUCUUUAAAUAAGUUUGGUUUAGUGAGCCAUUUUGAUGGUUAAGAGUGCAGUACUCUAAUCUGGAGAACUGGGUUUGAUUCCCUACUCCUCCACUUGAAGCUAGGGUGACCUUGGGUCAGUCACAGCUUCUAGGAGCUCUCUCAGCCCCACCUCACCUCACCAGGUGUUUUGUUGUGGGAUAACAUACUUUGUAAACCGCUCUGAGUGGCCAUUAAGUUGUCCUGAAGGGUGGCAUAUAAACCAAAUGUUGUUAUUUAUUAUUAUUAAACCAGUUUCUGGGGAGCACAACCAGGAGACUGCUGUUGCAGUAAUCAUGCUUAUAGGCUUCCUCAAGGCAGCUGGUUGGUCACUGAAGAGACAGCUGAACUAGAUAGAACUUCGGCCUGACGCAGCAUGGCUCUGCCUAUGGUCUUAAAUGAAAACUCAAGUUUGUAGGCACUGGCCUUCAGGAACCUGACAAAAUAAUGCAGUUCUUAAACUUCUAAUCUUGUUCAUUCAUUAUUUUACAGUGCUUUUUCAAAGCUAGCAUAACCCUUUCAUAACUGGAAGCUCUUACUUCCAUAAAACAUGCAUGUGAUUUGAGACCUGAUUAGACACUCUAUCAAGCACUUCAGCAUUGUAUAAAUAUUGAGUAUUAGCACCUGAUUCCAUACAUCAGCAUCUGCUUCUGAACCCUCUAUGUCAAAUUACAGAUUAUAGAGCCUGCUCUACAUAAGGUACCCCACACAGUAGUAGAAAUAUAGCUCAGGAACUUUGUGAACAAUCCCAAGCAGCAAAUUUACUCUCUCUCUCACACACACCCCAAAACAGAGUUACAACAAGCCUAAUUGGGCAAAGGUCUUGCUUCACAAGUAAGCACUGAGGAUGCAAUGCACUGGAAGGAAUGCCAGCAAAUUGCUUAGCACUACAUGAAGGCUCUUACAGAGAUACUGUGUUAACAAACUUCUCAUCAUGCCGAAUGUUUAAGAUCAGCCUGUUACAAAGUAUUAAGUUAAAAACACACAUGCUUCUAUACAGGGUUAUCUAUUUACAUGCUCAAAUAAAUUGGGGCAUCCAAAAAACAAACUGGGUGAUUAAAAUCAAGCAUUCAGCAGUAUGUACAUUAAUAUAAUACAGAAAGAGCUGAAAUCUCUCCUCCCAUUAACAUGAGAUUGACCAAUUUCUAUUUUCUUAUAUAUUUAGUAGACAAUACAAGGCUAAUUUGCCAAGCAUGUAUUAUUUUUAUUAUAAUGCGAUAAAUGUUUCUUCUGUCUGAUCUUUGCAGCCAUCAACCUGCCAGGUUUAUAAGUUUCAAUAUCACAUCUACUGUCAAUGUGCAAAGAAGUUACUGUAAAAGACUAUGAAUGCUGCUGUAUAUUUUGUUAUAAAGAAAAUAAACAGAUUGUUCUUGUUUUGCUUGAA